GUUCCGUUUCCGACAUCUCACACACUUUUUCCGAGUCUCUCUCUUCACUCCAUGCAUUUCGCUCUCUCUCUCUCUCUCAUUCUAAAAACUCAAUUACAAGCCUCUUCCUUUUUUUCUCUCUUUGCACUCCUCGAUCAUCGUCCAGAUAAAGAGAGAAAGUUUUGUUAGGUUAUUUUGAUCGAGCAGGGUGGAGACGGCCUAGUACUUAAUGCCAUGGGAUCCAUCAACGGUGGACGUGUGAUAACAACUUCAUCAUCAUCUAUCGUAGAAAGGUCCCAUGACCAUGAUCGUUUGCGAGAAGGCGUGUCGAUGGUUUUGUCACAAUGGAAUGGCCUAGAAAUGGCCGUCCAGAACCAAUGGGGUGGCUGGGACUCCACCCACAAAGCUCAACAACUCUCUGCCGAUAUUCUCUCUUGGUUCUCUCAAUCUAAAGCGCCACGGUACGUGGAAGAUUUAGAAAAUUUGCUCCACGAACGUAUGCUUCUCUCUUUCAACACAGAUAUUGAGGAUGGAAGCAUCGAGGAGGUGGCAGAACAAUUGAUGAUUGUACAUGACGAAUACUUGCAUGGAAACCAUUAGGCCAUCUCCAAUGGAAAUGUCAAAUUAUAACAAUCAAUUACAAUUGAUAGCUGAUGUGGCAAUCUGAAGUCUUAUAUCAAAUUUUUUGUUUCUCCAAUUAAAUUGUGAAAUAUUAUUUUCUUAUAAAUGUAGAGCUUUAAAUUAUAUG